GCGGCUCCCAGCACACGGCAGCAGCACCCGGCACAGCCUCAGCCCUCCUGCCACUGCCGCACCAUGGGGCUCGUCCUCCUGGCCCCGCUCGCCCUGGCGCUGCUGGCCCUCUCCUGCCGCGCAGCCCCGCUGCAGCCCAAGCCGCAGGCUGUCGUCACCUUCCCGGGGGAGCUGCUCAGCUCCCUGUCGGACGUGGAGCUGGCGGAGAGCUACCUGCUGCGGUUUGGCUACACCACGGAGCAGGAGGUGAGGAGGAGCAGCAAGCAGGUGUCCCUGGCCAAAGCGCUGCGCAAGAUGCAGAAGCAGCUGGGGCUGGAGGAGACGGGGGAGCUGGACAGCAGCACCCUGGAGGCCAUGCGAGCCCCUCGCUGUGGGGUCCCCGACGUGGGGGGCUUCCUCACCUUUGAGGGGGACCUCAAAUGGGAUCACAUGGACCUCACGUACCGGGUGAUGAAUUACUCCCCCGACCUGGACCGUGCUGUGAUAGACGACGCCUUCAAGCGAGCUUUCAAGGUGUGGAGUGACGUGACCCCCCUCACCUUCACCCAGAUCUACAGCGGCGAGGCAGACAUCAUGAUCAUGUUCGGCAGCCAAGAGCACGGCGAUGGGUACCCCUUCGACGGCAAGGACGGGCUCCUGGCCCACGCCUUUCCUCCAGGCAGCGGCAUCCAGGGCGAUGCCCACUUCGAUGACGACGAGUUCUGGACGCUGGGAACUGGCUUAGUGGUGAAGACUCGCUACGGGAACGCCAACGGGGCCAGCUGCCACUUCCCCUUCGUGUUCGAGGGCCGCUCUUAUUCCCGGUGCAUCACGGAGGGGCGCACGGACGGGAUGCCCUGGUGUGCCACCACCGCCAGCUACGAUGCCGACAAGACCUACGGCUUCUGCCCCAGUGAAUUGCUCUACACCAACGGUGGCAACAGCGACGGGGCCCCCUGCGUCUUCCCCUUCAUCUUCGACGGCACCUCCUACGACACCUGCACCACGGACGGGCGCUCCGAUGGCUACCGCUGGUGCGCGACCACCGCCAACUUCGACCAGGACAAGAAAUACGGCUUCUGCCCCAACCGAGACACAGCGGUGAUCGGCGGCAACUCCCAAGGGGACCCCUGCGUCUUCCCCUUCACCUUCCUGGGGCAGUCCUACAGCUCCUGCACCAGCCAGGGCCGGCAGGACGGGAAGCUCUGGUGUGCCACCACCAGCAACUACGACACUGACAAGAAGUGGGGCUUCUGCCCGGACAGAGGUUACAGCAUCUUCCUGGUGGCUGCCCACGAGUUUGGGCACUCACUGGGAAUGGACCACUCCAGCGUGCGUGAGGCGCUGAUGUACCCCAUGUACAGCUACGUGCAGGACUUCCAGCUGCACCCCGACGAUGUGCAGGGCAUCCAGUACCUCUAUGGUCGUGGCUCUGGCCCCGAGCCCACCCCCCCAGAGCCUCUGCCCACCGAGGAGCCGCAGCCCCUGCCCACCGAGGCUGGCAGUGCCUCCACCACGGAGGAGGAGGAGACGCUGGAGCCCACAGCCGAGCCCAGCCCUGUGGACCCCAGCCGGGAUGCCUGCAUGGAGAAGAACUUCGAUGCCAUCACAGAGAUCAACGGGGAGCUGCAUUUCUUCAAGGACGGGAAAUACUGGACCCGCUCGUCCUUCUGGAAAUCGGGCAUCCAGGGCGCCUUCUCCACUGCAGACACCUGGCCUGGCCUCCCGGCUGUCAUUGACGCCGCGUUCCAGGACGUGCUCACCAAGAGGGUUUUCUUCUUUUCUGGUCGGCAGUUCUGGGUGUUUUCUGGCAAGAGCAUGCUGGGCCCCCGCGGGAUCGAGAAGCUGGGCAUCGGGAAGGAAGCCAGCCGCAUCUCGGGGGCCCUGCAGCGGGGACGUGGCAAAGUGCUGCUGUUCAGCGGGGAGCACUACUGGCGGCUGGAUGUGAAGAUCCAGAGGGUGGAUAAGGGUUACCCCCGUGCCACUGACGAUUUCUUCACCGGCGUCCCCCUUGAUGCGCGCAAUGUCUUCCUGUACCAAGACAAGUACCACUUCUGCCAGGGCAGCUUCUACUGGAGGAUGACUCCGCGCUACCAGGUGGACCGCGUGGGCUACGUCAAGUACGACCUCCUGCAGUGCCCCCAGCACUAGGGGCCAGAGCGGCCGCUCCGGGCGCCGUGCUCCCUGCCCAACGCCCCCAGUCCCCGGGCCCCGGCUCGCCCAGCCCGGACCCCUGCGGCCCGGGAGUGCCGGGGAGCGGCCGUGGGGCUGCCCCGGCCGUGCCAUAGGGCUCGCAGCCUCCUCGACGGGACGGGGGAAGCGCUCCCGGGCCCCGCGGGGACCCAGCUGGGGAGCGGGACCCGCCGCAGCCGUGCCCGGCGCCCCCGGACUCGCAGUGACUUUGUCUUCGCCUGAGCCAGCAAGGCCGGGCCGGGGGGGGCCGGGGGGCUCGGUGGGGUCCGUGGGGCUCUGUCCCGCUGCCGGCUCUGCCGGCCGCCACCCGCGCGUUUUUAAUAAAGACCUUUAUUAAAGGGUCCUUCGGA